AUGAGUGACAGCGCACGCGAACGCUUCAUAGCCGAGGCAUUGCAAAAGCAACAUGACAUUGUGCAGAAAGUCAUAGAGGCAAGAAACAAGGCAUGGGCUCAGGCAAUGAAUAUGAUGGAACUCAAGAAGAUCAUCCAAACAGCUAUAACCCACUCUGACGACUCAAUCAAUGUCCCCAAGCAAUACGAGCUGCUGAAAAUACAGAACCAGUACAUCGAGAUUUUCUACCAGCGCGAGGAGUUGUAUUGUCUGCUCCGGAUGCUUGAUGUGAGGCUGCGGUACCAUAACGUGGAUACAAAGUAUGGUGGCUCAUAA